AUGACAUACACCCAGAUAGUCGACGGGCUUCCAACAACCGAAUCAUUUUACGGCGCUUUCACUCUUUGUUUGGACCAACCGACCAUCCAGCACAGCUACACCCAAGCUCUCGACUCGUUUCAAAAUUCAGAACUAGGAAUCCAAGCCUGUGAAAUUGCUUUGAUAGAGCUCGUAGCUGUAGCAUGCCACCAAAUUGCAGUCUAUCUCUUCCAAAAUGAACAGACUCACCACAAGGGAGAGUACGAAGAGGGGUUAUCGAAAGAAGACAAACUCGAAGCCAAGGGAUCUGAUAAAUAUCAGUUUAUCCCUAAAGAGCCCCCUGUCCCCUUCUAUCACGAGUCAUACCUCAUGCAUCAACAAUAUCCAUAUGGAAUAGCAGAUAUAGUGGGAUAUUGGGCCGAGGCAAAAAUAUUUGGAGGCGUUGUCCUCUUUGACAGAAGCCAUAUCAAUGGCGAGCAUUUUGACGAUGGACAAGUGGGAAAUGCGUCGCUUGAUGAAGAAGCCGUGGCUGAGAUUCAACAGAGGCUGAGCAUGAUAUCGCCGUCAUCAAUGAUCACCCCACUGGAGAUUUCGCGGACGAUUGUGGUAGUGCUGCUGGAGGUUCAUAAUGGAACCACGUGCUCUGAACGUGGUACGGCGCCCGCAUAUCGAAUGGUGGAUCGUUAG